GUGUAGUAUACGAUACAGUAGCACCAUUGUGUUGGUAUCGAUCCCCAGUCUCCCCAUCCCGAAGCCCAGGUAUCUCACUAGGUGUAUCUCACCCUGCAAGAUAGGGCAUUCCCGCCUGUAUACCUAUAUACUUUGUAACGGCGAGUGACGUACGCCCGUCACGUGAUCACAGGUAAUUCUUUUACCUGUGUUAGUUAUCCAGCUGAUGUUUAUAUCAGAGGCCGUCUGCUGGAGCGAGCGUACCUAUAUAUGCAGUCCGCGGGGGAGACUGGAAUACCUGUGAUUUACCUACACAUGUGUGGAUGGCUAUGCCGGAGGGGACGGACGGUGACUAUCCCCUUACUAAUGGGAACGUGAGGCUGGAGGAGUGUAUCAACAAUUCCUCCAGUGAUGUGGAGUCGGAUGGCCCGGGGGAGGGGCAGACCGACGAUGUUCAAUCAGUGGGCUCGGGGGAGACCGAGACUGGCAAUUCUAAUGCCAAAAUAGAAACCAUGGCUCAAAGAAACGGGUACCAGAGAGUGAAAUAUACAAAGGUUCAACAGAGAACUGGCACCAAGGAUAUGGAUUGGGAAAAGCUAGACAAAAAGCUGACUAAACUAGGGCCAAGUGAGUGUGUGGUCCACAGUCUCAGUGACCGGGACAUAUCGGAUCAAACACGGGCGUUGUCCGUCAAAGAGUUUAAUAUGGACGAAAAUCAAAAUACUCCUGUAGAGGACGGUGCAUUCGUGGGACGGAGGGAUGUAUCGAGUCCCAGGUCCCUUCAGGAGAGGCCCAUAGUGAGUAGGAGAGGCAGCGUCCGGGGCUUACAAAACAGGGUAAAGGCCGGCAUCGCCACCUUCUUGAACCCUGAAGGGGGUACUCAGAGAAAUUACAGUCAGUUGGAGAAGGGUAAGAUCGUCAUCUACACCUCCAGUAUGGCGAUUGUCCGGGAAACGUACGAGAGAUGCAUCCUCGCCAAGAAGAUCCUCCAGACCCACAUGGUCCGGUAUGAGGAAAAGGACUUGUUUAUGAGUGUUGAGAACCAGCGCGAGCUUAGAGAGCGUCUAGGGGUCAACGAGGUGGUGCUACCACAGGUCUUCGCCGACGGCGUCGUUCUCGGGGGCAUGCAGGAACUCGAAAACUUAAACGAGGAAGGAGAACUUCGGAAAGUAUUCUCUAACUUUACCAAAAUCAAUGUCCGCUCGUCCUGUGAGAAGUGUGGGGGAUAUCGGUAUGUUCCAUGUACAUUCUGUCACGGCAGUAAAAAGUCACUGAAACGGAACUAUUUCACCGAGGAAUUUAGUGCACUGAGAUGUAUGCAAUGUGAUGAAAACGGACUACUCAGGUGUGACCUAUGCUUGGAUCAGCAGGAAUGACGUCAUAUGUCGGAAACUAUAAGCCGUUGUGAUCCUUUAAAUGACGCCAUGCUCUCUAUUAAAUCUAUUAACGUGUCACUUCUUAUCUACAUAUUAUAGCAUGUCGUACGGAUGCAUAUACAUAUGUUGUGACGUCAUACAUAUGAUGAGACGAAUUCAGUUUGGAAGUGAUGCGACGUCAAGCGUGCAAUCAUGUGAUGUUUCCUUCUCUGAUUUGUCCUAUACUGUGACUUCUUCAAAAACAUCUUGUAACAACUGUAUUGAUUUGACCUCAAAAUAAUGACGUGACCUGCAAUCAGCACGACUGACCGACCUCACACGCAACGUCCGCUCAACUUUGAUUUAUACUCGAUAACCAUUGAUGACGUCACCUAUCAUUAUCAUAAACGUUGGGCUACAUGAAAUGGGAGCAUGGACAAUCUUUAAAGCAUCGAUGACGUCACCUAUCAUUAUCAUGUGACCGCACCUGGACAGUCUUUUGACCAUUGAUGCAACCAUCUGUCAUUAUUAUGAACGUUUGUAACACAGAACAUCACGCAGAUCUCUCUGUACACAAUUCUAUGUAAAUCUGACCUGUUUUAUAUGAAACAUCUCUACUCCACAAAUGCUUGAAUCGAUCGGAUAUUCCCCUGUAAAAACAAUGAAGUUAUUUCUCAAACUUGAGCAAGGCUACGGCUAGUAACUUCGAUUUUGUGGUAUUAGUAGUAGUCUUGCUCAAGUCCGAUAUUUAUAAUUCGACAGAGGUGGGCCAACCAAUUAAAGCACAUGUAUAUUUGGUCAUAUGGUAAUCUUUUUAGACAUGUUUAGUGGACUAAAUAAAUUAUAGAUCAUUUCUCGCGUAUAUUGGUUUGUUAGGGUAGUCCACCGUCCUCGUGUCUUGAUCAGUGAAAAAAUGCUCAUGUGUCUGGAUCAGGAAUGUUUUUUUAGUUUCAUGACAUUCGUGAACCCAAUGGCUCAAAAAGCGCAGUUGUGGGCAUCAGUCAGCCAUUGGUCAUUACUCAGUCAGUUGGACUAUAUUUAAUUGAUUCGUCAAUGUUAAGUCGAUUGAACGUAAUUUGCUUGAUUCGCUUAUUUUGCCGAAUGUUGUCAACAGCAAUGCAGGCACUUGGAUUUAGUUAGAACCUAUUUUUUAACCACCUGUCUGAUAUUCAAGAAAAAUUAUGUCACAUGAUUUUACGAAUCUGUUACCUGAUAACGAAUUUUUUGUUAUUGUAUGUUAUUGGGAUGUCGGAUUGACUGUCCUAACAAUAAUUUUUAAAUUAUUGCUUUUAUAUAUGUAUUUGUUUUACUUUAAAAUGCACUUUAAAAUUUCUCCUGAAAUGAAGACUUCAUUUUUUUUUAUAUCAGUCAUAAAACCUCAGAUGCACAGGAAGAUUAUCUCGGCUUAUAAAACGAUUAACAGUCUAGAACAUUAUUAUUAGCACUUUGCGAAUGUCGAAUAUUGGUACUCUCUAUGUCGGUGUACUCUAAAUGUCGAAUAUCGACUUUGUAGAUGGUGUACCCAGAAUGGCCCUAGAUAUGCAGGUUGGUGUACUCUGAAUGUCGAAUGCUGGCUGUAUGUAGUUAGUGUUCUCUGAAAGUCGAACGAAUGUUGGCCCUAGAUAUGCAGGGUGGUGUACUUUGCGAAUGUCGGCUUUGUGUGGGCGAUGUUCUCUGAAUGUUGAACGAAUGAUGGCCCUAAAUAUGCCGAAAGUUGGUCCUGGAUAUGUGGUGUAUGCUGAAUAUGGAGUGUUUGCGGUAUGUUCAGGGUCGGAUCCAAUCAUUAAUGAAUCACUGGAUCCUAAUACUUAUAUAACAUGUCGGCCGUCUACUUAUUCUCAUUCCAUUCAUUUUGUACUGUAAUAUCGUUCUAACCAAAGCCUUGAUUUACACCGUUAAAUGUUGUUUUUAAUGGUUGACGUACAUACGCUGUUGUUACGGUCCGUGCCAAUGUAGGUUAUACGUAUGUGUUAGGUAUGUGCUGAUGUCUUUUUUAAUUCGUAUUAGCUUCAUGCUUCGUUCGAAAAAAGAUAUUGGAAAAUAUCUUGAUUUUGAAAAAAAUGCCUCUGAGCUUUAAACUCGCGGUAUUAGGAUAUAUUGGUUAUUUUUUUUAAUGUUUGUGUGAUACUGUUCUGAACUAAUUCUUUUAGAAAAUAUUUGAUAACCUUUGCAAUGAAACGUGAUAAGUUCUUAACUUCUUGUUCACGCGCAGGUUAAGAAAUUAUCUACAACCUACAAAUCUAAAAUACUACAGAGUUCUAGUCAUAACACAUGAUCAUAUAGGUACCUAUAUCGCGAAUAAGAGAAACAAUAUUUAGCACAUAAUUAUUUUUCUCGGCAGGUUCCCUUCAGUUCAGUGGUGGAAGGUACUGUGAUCGGGGCGAGUUGUUCCGAAUGUUAUAGUCUAACGAUAGGAUAAGAAGGUACUCGAAAAGUCUAUAGUCUGAUGAUAUAGGACCAGCUGGUACCCGAAAUGUCUCUAGCCUUAGUUAAGAUACAACCAGAGGGUACUCGAAAAGUUCUAAUGCGUCUAUGCACAGACAUUACUGUAUUGGAGACGUCUGCUACAUACAAGUAUUUAGGACAUUACACAUACUCCACAAGGCGAGAUAUAUGGCACCCAGGGACUAUGCUGACGUCAUAGUUUCGUGACUAGUGUAGUACGUACUAUAUAUUUAUGUAUACCGUAAAACGUGCCAAACACCUAGUUGAAUUACUGUCACGACUUUUACAACAUACAAAAGGAGACCUCUAAAGUUCAAUAAAAAAUCAAUCCAGGUGGUUAGCGAUUAUCAUUCAAACAGACAAUCGUGAGCCAUGCAGAAAAUUAGGACACAUUAUGUAUUUCCAUCGUACUGUCAUUUAAUAUAGCAUUCCCCCUUAAUAAGAAAUGACACUACGUUAGAACUAUGUCUCCGUGGGUAAUUAUGUAAGAGUCUAGUGUAUUUGCAUACACACCAGUUCUUUAAGGACCAUUUGCAGGGUUGAAAUUGUAUGAUAGAAAAAACAUAAUUGUUCAUACCAUUUUCUGGUUCACGAACGCCUGUGAUUAUGCUAUUACAAUUCAUAUGAUAAGCAGAUAAAGAAAUAGAAAAAAAUGCGACUGCCGAAUCAGCAUAAUAUCUUUCUGAUUUGUUCACAGACUGCUUCUUUUAAAAUGAUUUAUUAUGAUUUUAUUUCUUCAUUGCACUCUGCUGUGCUGAAGAGGUUGGAUUUUCUAGAUACACACAGACUGAGAACCUCUUAUUUAGAACUGUAGAUACGAAAUUUACAAGUGAUAUGUACUUUAGUGUGGAGAUAGGUGCCAUAAAGUGAUUUGUGGGAGGAUAUAAAGUACACGUGGGGUAUAUAUCGACUGACACGAGUACCAGUCGUAUUUAAACUGUUGUUCUGAUAUAUUCUCUAACAUGGGAAAUAUUUAUUUCAUCAAUGGCAAUUUAUUUUUUAGUUAAAGUGUUACAUUGAUUCAUUUUGUACGAAAAUACAUCUGUUUAUGAAUGAAAUAAGUAUAAAACGUGUAUAUCAAAUUAUUUUGUAAAAUAAAUGUGAAAGUUAUAUUGCGUUUCCCAUUUAAGGCUGGACUGUAUUAUUGUUAUAAAUUAUUUAGCCGUAUUCAUUACCAUGCUUGUUGUUUUUCAUUGGACCUGUUCCGACCGGUUCGUCUUGCUAAUGGGGGCGCACAAGGUGUCGUCCCGGGCGUGGUCUAGUCUCGGCAUGGGCAUACAAUGCAAUCCGUGCGAUGUGUUCAGGCCGGGAAUGGGUUUAAGCUCUUGCCAAUAAAAUCUAUUUUUUAUUUUAAACGAG